AUGUGUAUGCGCGCCGUGACGCGAUCAUGCGCCCUUCCUGCCCGCGCAGGCACAUAUGUACCAAAAAGGCAGCCUCUGCGUUUUCUUUUUACAUCGGCGCAGCGGUUUGCUUCAGAAGAUCCUCGCUCGAAUCUCGAACAGGCAUUACCACCUGGUUUUGAGAAAGUUGGGCAAUCGCCAGAUGCUCUUGCAGCGAUCAGCAAGCUUGCAGAGGUUUUGGAAAAAAAUGGAUUUGAUUUGUCCGGCUCGCAGAAACCAUCUAUGAUGCAAAUGGCCAAGCUUGCCACGAAUGCGGAAGUGCGUGAAUGGACCGGAAAAGUCGUCGAAGAAAUGCGCAAAGCCGGCGUUGACAUGUCUCCAGAAAAUCUCAACACUCUCAUGAAGGGUAUCAAUUGA